AUGGAAAAUCUUUCUCCUCUACGAGACGACGAUGAGGAAAACGAAGUAGACGAAGCCAAAAUGCUCCUCAUCGGUGAGAACGGAACCAACGGUGAUAGCUUCUCUCCUCGGUCCGACGGUGCACCGGAGCUCCAGCAUUACACUAUCCGCUCCAUCAAGUCAACGGUCGUGAUUCGUCAACUGACGUCACAGGGUCUCUCCUUCCAGCUCUGGCCAGCCGCUUCUACUUUCGUCGCGCUUCUCGAUAACUACCGCCUCGACCCUGCCAACAGCCCCCUCGCCGCAACACUCUCCUCGCUGAAACCCGCCGGCUCUACUACUACACCGAUGAACAUUCUCGAGCUCGGAUCCGGAACCGGCGUCGUCGGAAUCGCCGCGGCGAUCACUCUUUCCGCUUCCGUCACGGUGACGGAUCUCCCGCACGUCCUCGACAACCUCAGCUUCAACGCAGAGGCGAACGCUCAGACUGUGGCGAGAUUCGAAGGUCAAGUCCACGCGGCACCGCUUCGUUGGGGAGAGGCUGAUGACGUGGAGCUUCUGGGGCCGAACGUUGACUUGGUUGUAGCGUCUGACGUGGUGUACCACGACCAUCUGUACGAGCCUCUACUGAAAACGCUGCGUUUAAUGGUGGCGGCGAAGGGGUCAGAGGGGAAGAGGCUGAUAUUUCUGAUGGCUCAUCUAAGGAGGUGGAAGAAAGAGUCUGUCUUCUUCAAGAAAGCUAGAAAGGUCUUUGAUGUUGACGUUAUACACUCUGAUGAGCCUCGAAAUGGUGCAAGAAGCGGCGUGUUGGUUUACCGUUUUGUCGCGAAACAACCGAAUCAAAAUGGUCGGAUUGUUUCGUGUUAACAGUUUGCAAAUUUUCAGGAUUAAUUUCUUAUGUGUUUAUCAAAAGAUUUCCACAUUAUGAAGCAAUUUGGUUACUCUUUCUA